UUUUAAUCUUCUCAGUAUAUGUUAAGAUCGCAUUCGAGAAUGGAGUCUUUUCUGCUAGUAAAUUUAUUAUUUAUUUUGUCUUGCUGCGGUUUCGGUCUUGUUUCUGGCCAAAAUCGACCCAAUUGGCCGCCAAUUGUCGAAACAAACUUGGGAACAAUCCGGGGAUUUAUUAUGAGAACCGAUAAGGGAUCUCCGUUUAUAGCAUUUCGAGGCAUUCGAUAUGCUGAAGCCCCGAUUGGUGAGAAACGAUUUAAGGCUCCGAUUGCCAUAAAAUCCUGGGCUGGUGAACUUGACGCAACGCAAGACGGCUUUAUGUGUCCUCAAACAGGAAAACCUGCCCAUCUAAUCUCUGAAGAUUGCCUCUUUUUGAACGUCUAUUCGAAGAACACAACAACAACUGUCAAUCGACCUGUAAUUGUUUAUUUACAUGGUGGAGCAAAUGUGUAUGGUGGGAGUCAUAGUCUAGAAGCAGGACCUGAAUAUCUUAUGGAAAGCGACAUUGUUUUGGUUACGAUGAAUUUCCGUUUGGGAGCUUUCGGAUAUCUAAGCACACGCACCAAAGAAGCCCCUGGAAACUUUGGUUAUUUGGAUCAGUUGAUGGCAUUGCAAUGGGUUCAUGACCACAUUUCCAGAUUCGGAGGCAAUCCCCAUUCUGUGACGAUAAUUGGAAUGAGUGCAGGAGCAAUGGCUGUCACUCUACAUAUGGCUUCACCACUCUCCCAAGGCCUCUUUCACAGAGCUGUUGCAAUGAGUGGAUCAGCAACAAGUGAACAUCUAAUAGACAAUUUAUACUGGGCUCAAAAACUAGCCCAUCAGACCUCAUGCCCUCGAUUCAAUGCUGUCGAUAUGCUUGAAUGCCUUCGGAAGCUGCCAUGGGAACAAAUUGUUAGUGUUUGUGACUCUUGGCAAUUCUAUAAUUUGUUAGACAUGAAAUGGAACUAUGAAGUCGAUGGAUAUUUUUUGAAAAAAAGACCAGCUGAAUUAUUUGCUGAGGGAAACUUUAGCAAGAUUCCUAUUUUAACAGGGAUAACAAAGGAUGAAUUCACUUUUAUGAUUUCUAGUCAAGAAAAUAAUACUGGAUUUUUAAACGAUGUGAGUUUGAACUUCGAAAAAUAUGCACAGGAAUUCUUUAUGCACAACUUCACUGACAACAAUCCAAAAGCUAAGAAAGCUGAAAAGGUUAGGAAUUUCUAUUUGGGAAACAAAACUAUUGCCGAGCAAAACUUAUCGAAUUUUGGUGAAAUCUUUUCCGACACAUUGAUUAGCCAUGGUGUUCAUCGAUUGGUUGAAUUGGCACGGAAAUGGGUUGAUGUUUACUAUUAUCGUUUCGAUUUCCAGGGGAACUCUGGAGCAUAUACAAAUUGGCAAGGAAAACCUCGAGGUGUCAACCAUGGUGAUGAUCUCCAAUACUUCAUGAAAAGGCAAAAGUUGAAAAGGCAUAUAAAUCAAAAUGACUCUGAAUGGUUCAUGGUGGAAAGGAUGGUUGGACUUGUGUCUUCUUUUGCAGAAGAUGGAUCACCUCAAAACAUCGAUGGAAUUAAAUGGUUGCCUUCAAAUAAAUUUGCAGUGAAUACAAUGUAUAUUGAUGAAAAAGUGACGUUAGGCAGCGAACCAUACGCAGACAGGUUUCAUCUAUGGGAUACCCUUUAUCCUUUAAGCAAAAGUGGAAAUAGUGCUUUAAGUUCUGGAAUUUCUUUGAUGGUAGCUUUAAUUUUUCUAUGUCAAUUUUUUUAGGUGAAAUGUUUUGAGAAUAAAAGUUUUUAUAUGUU